CGAGAAUGGUGAAAGCUGACGUGGCGGACCAAUUCCUUUUUCUCCCAUGAAAUGAAACGACAGAAAAGAGUGCGGCAGAGCAACCUGAGCUCCGAGUCAGAGGCGAGCUAACUCGAAUCCGACGUCGUUUUUGGUCGUGUUCUAUGUCAGUGCGGUGCUUGUGUUUCGGACAUGGCGGAAACAACCUCUGCUUCGGUUUCUUCUUCCGCGGAUGAUUCGAAUUGGAGAGAGAACAAGUUGGUGAAAGGAUCAUUUGCGGUCUCCGGAAUCAUGCUCACCCUCGUUACCUAUGGCAUCUUGCAGGAAAAGAUCAUGAGAGUUCCUUAUGGGGUGAACAAGGACUACUUCAAAUAUUCUCUUUUUCUUGUUUUCUGCAACCGCAUCACGACGUCUGCUGUUUCGGCUGGGGCUCUAGUGGCACGUAACAAAGUUUUGGAUCCUGUUGCCCCCAUUUAUAAGUACUGCCUUGUGUCAGUAUCGAACAUUCUUACCACAAGUUGUCAGUAUGAGGCCCUCAAAUAUGUUAGUUUCCCUGUUCAGACUCUUGCAAAGUGUGCUAAAAUGAUACCGGUUAUGGUCUGGGGCACAGUCAUAAUGCAGAAGAAAUAUCGAGGAACUGACUAUUUGCUGGCCUUUAUAGUAACCCUUGGCUGCUCAGUGUUCAUCCUAUAUCCUGCAGGGACCGACAUAAGUCCAUACGGUAGGGGAAGGGAAAAUACUGUUUGGGGAGUUUUGCUAAUGCUUGGUUAUCUUGGGUGUGAUGGUUUUACAAGCACUUUCCAAGAUAAGAUGUUUAAAGGCUAUAACAUGGAGAUACAUAAUCAGAUAUUCUAUACUACUUUGUGUUCUUGUGUUCUUAGCCUGACAGGUCUUAUCAUACAAGGACAACUAUUACCAGCAGUAGAGUUUGUGUAUCUCCAUAAGGAUUGUUUCUUUGACAUUGCAUUGCUUUCAACAGUUGCAACAGCUAGUCAAUUUUUUAUUUCCUACACAAUUCGCACAUUUGGUGCUCUAACAUUUGCUACAAUAAUGACAACUAGACAGUUGGUAAGCAUCAUGAUAUCAUGUGUGUGGUUUGUCCAUCCUCUUAGCUGGGAACAAUGGAUUGGAGCUGUUAUUGUCUUCGGUGCAAUUUAUUCAAAAAGCUUCUUGAGGAAAGCACCCGAAAAGACAACAACCUCUUCUGUAGAACAUGUACAAAAUGGAAAUUCAAAUAAUUUGAAGGACAACCCAUGAUAGAGACUGACUCCUUUUGCUGACAUGGCGUGGUUCUACCUGUACUAGUGUGGGAGCAGCUUCAGUUUUGAAUUCACAGCUGCAGAUUCAAUAUUUCAGGUCGUGGCUAAUGCAUAUAUGAUGGUGGUUUGACAUGCAGACAACAGAUAAUUUGGUGUCCCAAUCAUAACAAUGGAAGAGUUGACAGGAGCUUAGCCCCUCACUUUUUGAUAGGGGAGAUCAAUAUUACUGAUCAAAGCCAAAAGAAUGUUUAUCAAUUGAAACAUUUCCAAUAUGUUCGAUUAAGCAAGGUUGUUUAUUGGUUAGUUUGAGGUGUUUGUUUUGUUAAGACAGAAGAUUUAUGCUAAUUUAUUGUCAGGACCGUCUCCAUAUGUAAGGAGAUUUGUCCUUUUGAUUUUAACCAGGGUGGGACGAUUUUGGUUGAUACAAAUAAUUAGCUAAUUCAGAUAUAUCCUUACUGUGAGCAUUAUUAUAAUUGACACAUUAUUGCCAAUGUAAA